AUGGCCGAGAUGGCCAGUUCUGCCAUUGUUGGGGAGGUAGUCGGUCAAAUAUUUUCCAGUAUCAUCGACAAGUACAAUGAUGGAUCAGAUGAAGACAGUAGCAACAUAGAGAGGCUAGAGAUGGCGGGCAUCAAACUCGAUGCUACCAUCGAGACGUCGGACCAUUGGCAGAUCACCGACGUGGCACUGCUGCGCUGGAGAAAGAAGCUGAAGCGUGUUGCUUUAGAGUGCGAUGAUGAGCUUCGAAGAUGUAAGAAGCGAUCUCUUGAAGACAAAGAGACCAAAGAGAAGCUCAGGCAGUCCUCGUUUCCUAGACGAGUAGCUCAUAGCACCAGAUCAUUCUUAUCCUCUCUUGUGAGUCACAGGAACAAUGGUGAACCCUCAAGCAAGGCUGUCGUGCAAAGGUUCGAGAGGCUAGCAAAUGGUGCUGGUGAUUUCCUGAGAUUGGUGCAGUUGGGUGGAACACCGCGACCAUACAGUUUCCUUGCCCCCCUUGUCCGUCAUCUCUUUGCAGGCAAAUAUGCACAUUAUCAAAUGUUACAGCACCAGGGAAGUAUGCUCAAAUGUUUCAGCAUACGGCCUAUGAGUUUUGAGGAGCGCGGACUGGAAGCAAUGCUGGCAUUCAUCCAUGAAGACUACAAGGCACCCAAGGAGAAUUUUCGCCUGGGGCUCAUGCUGCGUCUUUCCCAGAGUACAGACAUCAUUGGGAUUACUGUCAAGUGUUUGCAGCUGCUCACACCUCACUUCAACUCUAUCAGCGAGGUAGUCAUCGGAGAGCUCACUCAGCUUCCUACGCAGGACUUUAAGUGGUCGCCUACGUACGAUGAACCAGGUGACAUGGAACACUGGAACCAAGUUCAUGACACUUUGACUCGAUGGUUCCGUUCAGAUCCAUUCUGCUGCAAACAGCAUGAGCUCCAAAACAUGUCUGCAGCUUGUAGCAGCAGCAGCAGCAGCACAAAUGCACCGGGGCUAUCAGGCAUAUUCCCAGAACAAGUCAUUGGAGUGUUUUUACAGCAUCACAUUUUACUGUCUGAGUAUCGGGAAUUGCAGGGGUCAAAGAUGACAUGUCACAGUACGUCAUCUUUCCAAGAGGAUGUCUUGCUUUUGAAGCUGGGAGUUCUCUUCAUGCCGCAUCACCCUUCGGAAGACAUCAAGUUUGCUACUGAAGCUGAGAGCUCUGCAGUAGAGCAGUUAUUAGAUGCAAAUGUUCAUCCACACCAACUUGACAGUCUCGUGCUGCCCAAGGCGGUAGAAUAUCUUCACCAUAAUGCUGAGGCGAUGAUGUAUCGGAUGUCUUGGAAGUCUAAACAUGGCAGUGCACACCUUUGUUUGCAGAAAACAAGCAAAGAGAUGAUGGGAGCACUGGGAGCUACAACACGACAAGGCUGGAGGGACAAUAGCAACACCUUUUUGGCGUUCGAUGUAGAAAGGGGAACGAUGACUGUGAUCGAUAUGGGAAUGGCAGCACUCAGUGUGGUGGGCUUCCUCCUCACACUUGCCCUUGUGCGCUCAGCCAUGAAUGCUCAUCAGUGA